GGUUAGAGCAGGAGCCACGUGAGCAGAAGGCGGAAGAAGUCGACACAUUAUUCUCCGCCUCCUCUGCUUCGUCGUCCAGCGAGAAAGAGAGAGCGAGCAAAAAAAGGCGCCCCGCAAAAGAAAAGGAGACAUGGCGGGGAUUAAAGGUAUCGGGCCGCUUCUCUCCUCGCGCCUCGGUCUCUCUUUCUCUCUCCCUCCGCUUUCCCCGUCGGCGCGGCUCUCUCGCUCCGCCGUCGCUAUGACUACCUCGCUCCCGCCCCUGCCCGGGGAAAGUUCCUCUGCAAAUACGGCUAAAGGAGCCUUUCGCUGUGCAGCCCCCUCUCGGUCGUCGCCAACAACAGACUUCUCUCUGGGGCAGCGUAACUUUUUGCACUGCGCCGGCGCUGGGUCUCUUUCUCCUCCUUCCUACGCCCUUUUCCAGGGUGUGGAUGUGAAGCACGCGGGGUGGGGAAUCCGGAGGCGCCGGCGAGGGCAGGGCUCUUUUCUCUGGAGCAACUGCCGAGAAGGGCUCUGGCCGGUCACAUUUUGCUGAAAAUUCCUUUCCCUUGAAGCCUAUUUAAAAGUUCAGGAAUUUUCCCAGCUGCUGUGACCUACCCCAAACCAUUGUUUUACAUGCGAUCGGUUUUGAUUCGAAAGCAAAAAAAGAAACCCACUAUGGUUCUUACCAGUGCUUUUCUUCUAAAAAAAAUAUGUUUAUGGGUACUCUCAUUUUCCUACUCAUUGAAAUACUGCCCCUCAAAGGAGGUCAAACUUAGAUUCACAAAAUUUUUAGGGGUGUGCGUCCCCCCCCAGAAAAAAAGCACUGGUUAUUACAAACUUUUGGACUUUUUGUUUAUUGUAGUCACCAAGGCAAUGAGUAUACAGCUCAUGCGGAGUGUGGUACUUCACUAUGUUUAAAAUCUCUCCGUCCCAAUUGCAGAAGUAUAAUUUAAGUGAUCAGUGAAACCCUUAAAAAAAGAAAAUUCCAGCAAGAGGGUCCCAUCCUGGAAGUAUGGCUGUCGAAAGUGAAACAAACGUUAUUUACUUACUUCAUAAGAUUUAUACACCUCUUUAUAGUAAAAACACAAUCUUCAAAGUGGUUUGCAAACAAAAACAGUAAAAUUAAGGAAAAUUCAACAAACCCUACUUUAUAACACACAAAAGUUAAAAUACUAAAGCAUUGAAAUUACCUCGCCUUUCUCUGCAUCCAGAUAGGCUUGUCUAAAUGCAAGAAGUAGUGACCGCCACCAAUUUGGGAUAACUUAAGGAAGAGAAGACAAAUUCAUGGAGAAUCAGGCUGUCAGUGGAUACUAGCAAGUGGUGGUGGUGGCGGGCGGAGAGCUCUUGCACCCAGGUCCUGGUUCUGGGCUUCCCAUAGGCAUCCCAUUGGCCACUGAAGAGGAUGUUGGGGCAUUGGUCUGAUCCAUCAGGCUCCUCAUAUUCUUAAGGUAGAUCAGAAUAUACUGGUAGAUCUCUGGGUGAUAUGCAUUAGAUUACUAAUGGCAGCAACAAGGUGAUUUCCACUCCACCCCUAUGUAGGCUGCUGAAAUGAAGAAAGCUAGCCAGGAGUGGAUUUUUUUUACAUGAAAUGACUGUGAGCUCAGUUAUGUUCUGGUACUAGAAAGAAAUUCCUAGGUUCAGGAGGCACUUUGGUAUUUAAUUCUAACUUUUUUGUUUUUAAUUGGCUCUGAUUGGAGUUCCAGUAAAAAACAAAGUAGAUCCAACAAGCCUGAAUUCUGACCACCUCUUGAGAUCGAACAUCUGCUGUAUCAGGAGGCUACACCUUUAACUGCAAUGUUGGAUCACUUUGUGAAUUAAACUGCACAGACUGUGAUUGUACAAAUGAAUGUUAAGCGUGUUAGUGAUGUCAUUCUUUUUAUUUCCACUUGUGUAGCCCUGGUUGGCUUAUCGUUCACUGGAGCUAUGGGUCUGACGUUUCUUGUAUUGGGGUGUGCACUGGAAAGUUACGGGUAAGACUGAAUUAAUACGAGAUAUAUCACUGUUCUAUGUUGUGUGAUGGUUCCAAGCAUGCUUAUUUGGAAUGAAAUCCUUAAACAAGCGGUUUAUGAACGCAGGUUGAAUUCUUUUUUCAUUCUUACGCCUUUCAGAUGAUUGAGGGAAAUGAGCAGCAUCAGAGAUUGUAACGGGCUUAAUGUGUGGGAGAGCAGUCUGACAGCUGAGAAGAAAAAUGAGGGUAGUUUGGUAAACCUUUGCUAAAGCAGUGUUGAGGAAUAGAAAUUGGUAUGUCAGAUAGAGAAGAUGCAGUAGAAUGCUAAAAGGUUCACAAAUUAGAAUCUGAGCUGAUACGGAGAUAGGAGAUGACAAGGGAUGCGGGUGGCGCUGUGGUCUAAACCACUGAGCCUCUUGGGCUUGCUGAUCAGAAGGUCGGCGUUUUGAAUCCCUGCGACAGGGUGAGCUCUGUCCCAGCUCCUGCCAACCUUGCAGUUCAAAAGCAUGCCAGUGCAAGUAGAUAAAUGGGUAUCACUGCAGUGGGAAGGUAAACGGCGUUCCCAUGCGCUCUGUUUUCCGUCACGGUGUCCUGUUGCACCAGAAGCAGUCAUGCUGGCCACAUGACCUGGAAAGCUGUCUGUGGACAAACGUCGGCUCCCUCGGCCUGAAAGCGAGAUGAGCGCCGUAACCCCAUAGUCACCUUUGACUGGACUCAACCAUCCAGGGGUCCUUUACCCUUUUUUUAAAGAGAUGAAACUGCAGAAAACAAGGGGCAAAGAAGGGAGGAGGAAGAAAAUACAGUUGGGCUGGAAAACUGAGUAUCCUGAAGUGAGUGGAAGAACAAAUGUAUAUGGCCCUAGAUUUAUACUUCAGUGACUUUUUCCUAUGUACAUUGGUACGUCUGGAUAUGAAUUUAAUUAGUUGCGGAGGUCCAUUCUUACCCCGAAACAUUUGCAUCCAGAGGCGCCUGUUCUGCGCAGGCGUGCGUGACCGUAAUCCGCUUCUGCAUAGGUGCGGGCGGCGGAAACCUUUCCGUUACUUCCGGGUUUGUCGCGUGCGUAUCCUGAAGUAUUUGCAAAGGGGACAGUACGUAACCCGAGGUUCCACUGUAUAUAAUUAUGUGUAUAUUUCUGUGCUCAGCUGUUACGAUUUCAGAGGAUGAUAAUAGGUUGUGCAUAAAAUUCAUUUUAAACGGCAUUAACUUCUCUCAUCUUUUGUGUUUGUCAUUCUGCAGCGUCUACUGGCCUUUAUUUGUUUUGAUAUUUUACUUCAUAAGUCCUAUUCCCCACUUCAUCACAAAAAGAGUAAGCGAUGAUACUGAUGCCGCAAGCAGUGCCUGCAGGGAGCUGGCAUGUUUCUUCACGACUGGAAUUGUGGUUUCUGCCUUUGCGUUUCCUAUUAUCCUUGCACGCGUUGAAGUGGUAAGGUCUUAUCACAAGAAAAGUUUAUAUGUCACCUUUUGACCCCUCACAGUCCUGGGCAAAAUACAACAUCCCACUCUUCUGAUUGCUCCAUUAGCACAAGCAUUUCGGCUUGCCAGAUGGAAUGGACCCCCCCCCCCCAAAAAAAAUCUUUCCCCUGUAUGCUGUUCCCUCACAUUCAGUCAAAUUUUUUGGGGAAGGAAGCUUGGUGCUCAAGCAGAAGUCCUUGCACAGGGCUUCUUCUGAUGAGAGUCAUUAGGUAAAUCCCACGCCCUGUUUUUCUGGUGUAUGGCACAUUGCCUUGCAGAUAAACACUUCACAAAAUGAGUCAUCUUAAUAAUGUAUUCUGGUUAAGUUGCUGUUCACUGUAAACCAGACACAGCACCAAGCAUAAUUUCACAAAUGUCACUGUGAGUGACGCUGCUGCCCCCUUUUUUUAAAAGAAAAGUUUACAUUAAAAAAAAUAAUUGCUCAGCACUGUAAAUAGAAAUACUGGGUGAAGCCACUUCUAACUUCUCAGUUGAGGGGUAGGACCCAGAGUAACUGAGGAUAAAGAAAGUUAUCCCAACACUUUUCCAGGCCCUCUCAGGAAUCCAGAGAGGCCUGGAUGCUUCUGGUUCUUGAGGUGCCCAGUCAUAAUAUCAAAAUGUCAAUACAUGAAAACAUAAAAAGCACUAAAAAGAGUGCAGCGUUAAAUAAGUAAUUUAACAAAUGCUGCUUCUAACAUAUGCCUUUUACCAAAUCACCUCCUGCUUAAAUUUUCAGCUGUGUGAUAGUGUCACAUUUAGGUCCAGUGUGCAUAAAAGCAAGUUGUUAAAUGCCAAAAAAUUAACAAGUGACUAAAUAUAAGCCCCCCUUUGAACUUGUAGCCCAAGCCGAACAGCCUUGGAUUUGCCCUGCCCUUGCAGUUACAGUUCUGAAUGAGGAAGUUGCUGUUAUUGCCAUUAAUUUCUUUAGUCCCAUAUCUCUGGGCUCAGACCCUGACAUGCACUGGGGAUGGAGCCCAGAGGUACUGUGAAUGACUGUGAUUGUAGCUGACUCAGCCAGUGUUGAAAGAAAAGUGCUGGGUGUGAGGCAGACACAGAUGCUAAUAACUUCCUUAUUCAUAUUGUCUCUGGGAAUCCAGCAUGAACACGAGAGGGCAAAAAGUUUGUAGUGAGCUGUGCUCUCUCGCUCUCUCUCUCUCUCUCUCUCUCUCUCUCUCUGUGUGUGUGUGUGUGUACAUGCAGAUGUCAGCUCCUUCACUCCUGACCUUCAUGUGUUUAGUGUUAAGGCCUGAAGAGGGCUUCUUAACUGCACUUGGCUGAACCCCCAUUUUGCCCUCAGACUGAAGCAGACUGAUAAGUUUUUAGUGGUCUACAUGUUUACAUGCAUUCUGGUUUGUUUCCUUUUGAAAACUUUAUUUCGCAAUAAGGUUUUCACGUGAAUAAACCACUGGUUGUGCGGGUGGAAUUCUGAAAUCUCUGCAGUAAAUGUUUUCUAGCUGCAGUCUAGAGGAGUGUAAACACCUAGCUGAACUUAUGGCGGUUUAGGCGUAGUUAACACACACCGGAUUGCAUUGUCUGGCUUUGAUGACGGGAGCUCCUUUAUAUGCCCACCUGUGCUUGCAAGUAUGCAUAGCAGGACUUCAUACUGCUUUCCAUUAUCUGCUUGGCAACUUUUCCAAAUCCACAGAGAGCAGGAAGGUAGAAGGAGGUGCUACAUGUUGCGAUUACUGAUAUCUGCAGUUGCUCACCUUCCAUGCUUUAAGAAAGCGAACUAUUACCUGCUUUAAUGAAUUAUUUUUUGGUGUUUGUGUUAGCUAUUGCAGAUGCUGUUUUGGCUUUCAUUCAGGUAUUCCUCUCUAUCCACUUCCAUACCAGCAGGAGUGAGUUCAGCAGCAUCAGUAGGCGAGAGCUGCUGCCCUUGCAUGUUAUUAUUGUGCUCUGUUCUCCUUCCCCUGUUGGUUGCCUGUGACAAGAUAGGCUAAUGACAACCAUACUGGGUUAAGGACAGUCAUACUGGGCAGCAGAAUGCUUGGUGAUGCUGGCUGUCUUGCUUGCAGUGUCCCGUUAGAAAUCCUUUGAAACUCCAGUCUCCUGCUCACUGUUCUUAAAACAUCCCUCCCAUUCACAAAUGGUGAACAGUCUGUUUCACCCAAUUUACAUUUCUAUCUUGUUUACUGUUCUGUUUGCUCUCAUUCACUUUGGGAGUUUAAUAGGACAGGUUAAGAUGAACAAACUUUUUUUUGUUUUUUGUUAGUGCACUUGACUUUGCCUUAAUGAUUAAGCCACAGUGCUGUGUUACCAGAACAGAAGCACGUAAAGAUAUAUUUACAUCUUUCUCAUAUCUACUAGUAUUAUCCCUGGUUUCCUUCUCCCGAGCCCUUAGUUGAGGUUUCAUAAACUUGUUAUGUCUAGAAUUCUCCUUUCCAAGAUCUUAUCUAAUUUAUUUUCCAGUAGUAGUACUACAGUCAUACCUUGGGUUUACAAACGUGAUCUGUGCGGGAGGCACGUUCACAACCCGCAGCGCCGCAUCUGCGCACGCGCGUGAUGUCAUUUUGAGUUUCUGCGUGAGCGCCGAAACCCGGAAGUGACCUGCUCUGGUACUUCCGGGUUCACCGCGGUCCGCAACCCGAAAACGCACAAUCCGCUGCGUUUGUAACCCGAGGUAUGACUGUAUACAUCUUCUGUAUACUUAGUCCAUUUCUCUGUUUAAGAAUGUUAAAUAAGAAUAAAUAAUACAGUCCGACCACUAGAGAGAGCUCUAAUUCCUUUUCUUACCAAACAAUGUUUUGCUAAAGGUUGAAGAUUGUAAAACAUCUGGAAAUGCAGAAACCAUGGGUGGGAGGAACAUUUUUACAGGUUUUUGGUGAAAGAAAAUCUGUACAAUACAUAUAAAACCCAAAAUUACUUUACUGGAAGAGCUUAAAGUGAAUAAUGGCUAAGCCAAUAGAAUUUUAUUUGCUGAUCUAUGUGGCAUAUUUAUGAAAUGUAAAAAUAUAAGUGCUACGCAGCACAGUGCUUUGAAGUAAGCUACACAGAGUUCUAUGAGACUUAUUUGCUCCGAAGUACAGUAGAUCUUUAUAGGUUUGCAGCAUCAAUUGUAUUGAAACUAUAUAUCUCAAUAGUGCCAGUGCUAGAGAUGGAAUUUUGAAAGUUACUGCUUCCAAAGGUAUUUAGGUAUAUCUUAGUUUUUGUUAGUUGAGAAAACUUAAAUAAAAUACUGUGGUAGAAAGUAUCGAGUUUGUGUUAUGGGUCUAUAACUUUAACAAAUAAUAAAACCAUGUAAUAAAACCUACAUUUUGUUUACUACAAUCAUUUUACAGCUUCUAGCUUUUUUAGGUGCUUUUAUAUAAAAAAGGCUGCUAGCAGUAAUAAUACCAUUUUAUUUUUAUUUUUAAAAAAACUUGCAUAUUUUUAGAAAGUUCAGAAAACCUAUAAUAUAAUCAAGAAGUAGCAUUAAUAUGUAUAUUGAGCCAAGCAGGGUUACUAUAAAGUUUAUAUCAUCAACUUUUAAAAAUGGGCUACUUCCUUGGAUCAUUGUUCUCAAUCUUCCAUGUCUGCUUUUUGCUUAAUAGUUUGCAUGUUUUCAAACAAUAUUGGUUUGCGUCCCCUGAUGCACAAGAUCAGGAAUCGAAGGCUCAUUGAGAAGCACAAGAGAUUAGUGACUGUGUUGUCCAAACGUCUUUCUGCCUUCCUUGUUGCAGGAACUCAAUGUUCCCAGGUUGACCAGAGUUGUUGCAUAUACUUGCAUUUGAAAGUAGUUUACCAGCACCAAGUUCUGAGAAUAAUGCUUGGUGGACCUGUAAUCCUAUGCCCAUUUUUCUGGGAGCAAGCACUAUUGAAUUCAUGGGACUUAUUUUUGAGUAGACAGAUGGAGGAUUGCCCUAUUAGUAAUCUAGAGCAAUAACAAUGGAAUAAUAACAUAACAGUUUAAAUUUAUUUUAGCUGUAAGAGAUUUACAAGUGUAAAUUCUUUUUAAUAUUAUUUUAAAACAUUGUCUUUUCAAAACCAUUUUACUCACAAUUCAAAGAUAAAUGAUGUCAUAUUUGUCUUUAUUUUAUCAGUUUCACCCAAAUAUUAGUUUGGCCAAGGUGGCAAAGAGAAGCAAUGUGUGGACAAUGGGAUUUCCAGGCCUUCAUAGUUCUAGUAAUGGGGGCAGACUUUUAAUUUGCUCUUUUGAGAAGACUAUGGCAGGCUGCCGCUAAAUUACUCUAAAUUAUUUUCCCCUUCCAUUGUGGAUGAGCUUGAAAAAUUAUCACUGAACAUCUUGUAAACUUUUCAUGAACUGCUAUCUCGACCAGUUUUACUGUACUCAUAAAGGACAAAUAAUUGUUUAUAUAUAUAUAUCACUGCAUUUUAGGGAAAUGUUUAAUUAGUUCCUGUAAUGACUACUUAGGUAUGUAACAAUUUCAGAUUACAUUAGUUUGCUUGGUACUCAAAAUUUACUGUUUGAUCGUAAGCGCUUUUAGCAUCCUGAUGUUGUAUUUCUUUGUAUGUGUCUAAUGCUCAAAGUAGGGUGCAUUUUCUAUCAAUGAAUAGAGAGUAAAUCUUUCUUCUUAUUCACUUUGUAUUUCAGAUCAAGUGGGGAGCUUGUUGCCUUGUUCUGGCUGGAAAUGCAGUAAUUUUCAUUACCAUUUUAGGCUUUUUUGUUCUAUUUGGAAGAGGAGAUGAUUUUUCCUGGGAACAGUGGUAGACUUCACUAUGGAUUUUCAUAUGGAUCUGCACUUUAGGGCUUACAAGGAGCUUUACUAUGACACGGAUCUUAGAGUACAUUGUAUGUAUGUAUGUAUGUAUGUAUGUGUAUACACGCAUACGCAUAUGAUGACUUAUAUUAUUUGCAUGCAUUAAUAGCUUUACACUAUUGCAAGUCUUCCCAAACUUGGAUCUCCAGCUGUUUUUGGACUACAAUUCCCAUCAUCCUUGACCACUGGUCCUGCUAGCUAGGGAUGAUGGGAGUUGUAGUCCAAAACCAAUGGGAGAAACCAUGCACUAUUGGAUAUGGGUCCGCUUUUUGUAUCUGGUGCCAGCCUAACACAGGGUAAAUGUAUUGCCUUUUAAGUACUAGUCUUUCUAUUUAGUUGGAUACAUGCAACUUGCCGCAAUUUGUGAGAAUUUUUUGGACUGCAACCUACAUUUUGCAAAUUGGGUCUGUCUUGCAGGUUAGAUGGAUUUGUAGUGAUGUGGAGUUUCGUUUCAACACUUAAAUUUGAUACAACAUUUGCUUUUUAAAAACAAAACAAUCCUGACGUACAGAAAAAAAGGUAUUGAAAGUAUAUCAAAUGCAAAAAAAGAGUUUCAUUUUGCCAAAGUGCUGAAAUAACUGUAGUAAGCAUUUCUUCGUGACAAUAGCACAAAGACAUUUUAAUGGUAAUGUUUGUAAAAUACUCAGACUAUUCGACUCUUGAAUUACUCAGGGUUUGUAAUGCUUUGAAUACAGUCUUGAAGAGCUUUUGCAUGAGUGAGAAAAUGGGAUACAAUCCUGCAGAUGCAUUUCAUGCAUUGACAGUUCUAUUCUGUGUUGCUGGAAGUUUUGAGAUAAUUAAUUUUAAAAGUAGUUUUAGCUCUGGUAAGAGUAGAGGUAUGAAAAAUUAACGCUGCCCUCCUCUACACGUUUGCUUGGGAGUAACCCAGACACAAGUUUAUUCUACUGAAGACUGGGAUUUACUCCUGAGUCAACAUGCAUAGGGUUAGGUUGUGAAGUUGCCUUAUAAAUUAUGCUGCAGCAAAAAAAGAGAGAAGGAAUAGAAAUUUAGCUUUGAUCUUCUUUUCCUGGUGUUCCAAAAGUCUGUCUUUCACCAUCAUUUUCAGAUAAUACAGAACACACCUUUUUAAAGGUGGCAUGAUAAAGGCAAAUGAUAAUGUUCACUUUCUGGCGCAGCGGUGGGUAUCCCACAGCCUCUGGCCUUAUUUCACAGGGCCUUCAACCUGAUUUAAUAUGGGUAUUCAAAAGAGUGUGCCUUGCCUUGCUUUGGGAUCUGCCCCUCCAAAACUGACUUUGGUCGCACCCACCUUGACCGAGUGUGACCUUCAAAAGGAGAUAGGUUUUGCCAUCUCUGUUCUAAAAGGUGCUUUACUCUUUAAAGUGGGAACACAAGUUAUUUUAUAGGUGAGAUAUAGUGAUGAAAGUUCCCACCCCCCAUUUAAUGUGCAAACUCAAAUUACUAUUUGUGGUGGUGUGAAAUAAGAGUUAUUGCAAGGGUUAUAAAGGUUCCUGUGAGCCUGAUAUUAUUUGGCUCCAAGCUUGUCAUCCUGCCAGUAUCUGUGACCUGUUAGCGAUUUUCAUUAUAUAGUAAAAAAAAAUAAAAAAUAUUGUGGUACCCUAAAUACUCAUAGUAAUCUUACUCCAAAGUGCCUUUCUCUAAGAUUAUUGUGUUCUGCAGGAGGCAUGUGCAUCAAAGCCAUGCUGCAUGUAUUUGAUAAACAUUGCUUUGCAUUCUCUUGUUGACGAUGUUUCAUAUACAGCAUAUAUGAACUUUUGUAACCUUUGUAAUUUAUGUCAUUUGAAGUACUGGAAUUGCACAGUAUUAGAAUACAUUUGUGAAUGUAUUUUUUAAAAACUCAAUAAAAUUUUACUUCAAAGUCU